GAUAUCAUUGAUGCGUCGCUGACAUUUCAGCCAAAUCUUCUAACGGAUGAUAUUUAAAUAAGCAGAAUUGCAAAUAAGAUUUGACAGUUCAGUUUGCUCCUUCUAAAAGUAACAUCUUUAUCCGUCCUGAAGAGGUUUGCUGGACUUAACCGGUCUAGUCCAAUGGAUGGUUGUAAAAAGAUUUUGGGCUCUUCACACGCCAGCAGCUAAGAACCAGUUUGGGCGUUCUGUUUUUCUAUCUCAUAGUUUAACAUUACCAGUUGGAUUUCAUGCAAAUAAGCACAGAUACAUGCUCAUGCAAAUAUACACACUAUGUGUUGGUGUGUGGGUUCCUCAUGUACGAAGAGGUCAUUGUGUAGCACACAUACAUAUGCACACGCUCAAUUGAUGCUUUGUCUGUUACGUAACAAAGCUCAUUCAAGACUGGUGAGUCAUCUGGGCCAGGAGAAAGAGAGAACAAGAGAAUGAGAGAAAAAUAGAAAGUGAACAAACACACAAUCCCCAGUGUUCAUAGACACUCCAUUCAGGAAACUGAUAAUCUCAGGUCCAUAUGGAAAACACAUCUUACUACAGUACGAGUGCUGGGCUCAUGAUCUCGCUCUUAGGACGGGAAGAGAGGUGAUGUCAGAUGGAAAGCUAAAGUCACAUGACUCAUUUAAUGUCUGAGACAGCACGCUGGUUGCCAUGCUGUCCUGCCUGUUGCUUUGGUAGCCUUUUAAAGGAAUAGAAGCAUUGAGAUCUAAAAGAUUACUGACUAGCACCCCUGCAGAUGACAUGCAGUCUCAGAAGAGAGUGGAGGUGCAUGACCAUGUGAAUGGCACACGGAUCAUAUUUUCAGACGAGGCUCUUCCCGGCAGCGGACCCAUUCAGCACUUCACGACUCCACAUAUGACCCAGGAUGUUGUUGUCAUCUCUCCUGGUUUGCCCACCCCUCCUUUAAGUCCAUUUCACAACAGUUACAUCUCUGCGUCUUCUUCACACAAGCAGGUCGCCGAGGUCAAUGGAGGUGGAUUCCCAUCACAAAGUUUUGGAUCCUACUAUGGUCCAACUCAGACGCAUGCUGGAUUAUCAAAUGGUGGAGAGAAAGGUAGAGGUUCUGUCACGUUACCCCGGACGUCUGCCUCACGAGAGGAGCGUCUGAUCAAAUUUUCUGGAAUCGGUCCUGUAGAUGAGACGGGCAUGCCAAUCGCAUCCCGAUCUAGUGUAAACAAGCCUAAGGACUGGUACAGAAGCAUGUUUAGACAAAUCCACAAGAAACCAGAGGAGCCUGAUACUGACUGGAGAGAAAGGAAGCUGUCAUCUUCACCUCCACCAGACUCUUCCCAACCGGACGGGAGUUCAGACCCCUUCACCCUCACCCAACAUGGAGCCCUUCCCGACUGGGCUGAUCUGGACGACAUAGGGAAGCACCCACAACCGAAGAGUAUAUUUGACUUUGAGCCUGGUAAAGGAGUGCCGGUGGAGAACCACACUCAGUCAUUAAAGCCCGAGUCACAGUCACCCUUACAUCACCCAACACUGAAACCUCAUUCCCCAUCUAUAGAGGCGACAUUGGUUUCGGAGCUGAAUCGAUUUGAGGCGGAGCUGGAUUCAGAUAUCCGUGGUCUAGAGAGGAAGUUGUCACAGAAGCAGAACCACCGGCGUGGAAGGGGUGAGGAGACUAAACCCAACAGGACAGGACCAGAAGAGAACAGACUUGAGAACAGAUCUCCCAUAAUCCCCUGCUCCGCUGUAAAGCAGGGCACAUCACCCAGCUUCAUACAUGCUUAUGAUCAAAUGACGGAUCAAAAGAUGGAUUUCCCACCUAAAAAAGACGAUAGGAAGAUGAAAGCAGCGCGAGCCAAAUUUAAUUUUCAAGCACAGUCGCCAAAAGAGCUGACCAUACAGAAAGGUGAUGUAGUGUACAUACACCGGCAGGUGGACGCCAACUGGUAUGAAGGAGAGCAUCAUGGGAGAGUGGGAAUCUUUCCCACCACCUAUGUGGAGAUUAUUCCUUCAACAGAAAAACCAACUCCAAUAAAGUCACCUACCGUCCAGGUGCUGGAAUAUGGAGAAGCAGUAGCCCUGUUCAACUUUAAUGCUGACCUACCUGUGGAGCUUUCCUUUAAAAAGGGUGAAGUCAUCUCCAUAGUCAGGCAAGUAGAUGAUCACUGGCUGGAGGGUCGUAUCGCCGGAACCAACCGCAGUGGGAUCUUUCCCAUCAACCAUGUCCAGGUCAACAAACUGCUCCGCACUAAAUCCAGUGAUGAUUAUCCUUCCUCGCCUCUCUCACCCACCGCUACCUCAGAGCCCCUCAGCCCCGGCCGGCCACUGCACUCUCCCCUGUCUCCCUCCACACGCUCCCCUGAACCUCCUCUGUCACCUCACAAACACUCCAGCCAAUCACGCUCCCCUCUGUCACUUGCACAGCCCACCUCCCCUAAACACUUUCUGUAUUCGCCUGCCAUCACUUCAUCCACCGCACCCACGGGCAACCGGAGCGGAUCACUGCACCCUCACAGCCCAGGCACCAGAUCACCUGUGUCGUCAUCCAAUCAUGUGCUGACAUCUCCCCAGGGUCCAGGACUGCAACUGAACAACAACUAUAACUCGCACAUCACACAGGAUGGACCCAAAACCCAAUCUCCAAAAUCCCACGUUAAGGUUCAUUUAACAUCACCGUCUGCUUCUACAGUCAUUCCACGACAACCGUAUAAAGCAGUUUACAAUUAUAAUCCCCAGAAUCGAGACGAGCUGGAAUUAAAGGAGGGAGACAUCGUACAAGUGAUUGAGAAAUGUGAUGACGGCUGGUUUGUAGGUACGUCUGAACGGACACAUGCCUUUGGCACUUUUCCUGGCAACUAUGUGGCACCAGUUUAAGAGCUCCCACCAAUUCAUCACAGCAAUUUCCUGAUUAUUGCAUACACAGCCACUGUCACUAAAGACUCUGCAACUAUUCACUGCACAGCUCUCUUUACAUCCAUAUAAACAAAAUAAACACACUUUUCAGUUUUUCUUCACAUCUUACACAUUAUAUACAAAGCAGGUAUGCAUGUGCACUUCUCACGGUGUUACUGUGGUACCUGUGUUACCAUGGUAACACUGGCAGACUUCUACAGAUGAUGGACACAGAAGAGUUUGUCACAGUAUGAUCACUCACGUGUUGGAUCGUAAUGAAAUCAUUGAUGCAUGGUGCUUUGAAUAUCUUGGAGUUUUCAAAUUUUUCGAAACAACUAUAAUUUAACAUCUUUUGAAAGGUUAAUUUCUUUUUUCUCCAGAAUUGUAACAACAUUGCUCAUGAACUCUACAAAUUGUGAGGAUACAGAGCUAACGCUUGGGUCUGACGUGGUCAAAACUGUAUUGUUUAUUGUUCACAAUUGUGAUUUUUUUUGCGUUUGCUGGGCUGGCCACAAUGUCAUAUUAAAAACACUAAUGCCGUUUUUACAAUCAUUAUAUGAAAUGUCUGCAAAUGCUUCAUGCAGUUGUCUUAAAGUGUUAAAUCUGUCUGUUUAAUGUUCACGUUUAUUGUGUAACAAACUGGGCAUGCAUUUAUCCUGAAAGUAUAAGACAAAGAAAGUGUUGUUUAUCCCUUUUGUAUGGGUAAGUGAAAACUAUUUGGUUUAACAAUUAUCUUGGUUUAAAGUCUAAAUUUAGUCUGUUCUUUAACUCCUAUUUGGUCUCAAACUCUAUUUAAUUCAACAUAUUAAUUUAUCCAUAACACUAAUUUAUGCAGGAUUAGUCCUGAUCUGAGAGAUAUUUGACUGGGAUAACUCAGGUUGUCAUUGUUGGUUAAAACCUGAGGAUUUUUCACAAUGGGUUAAGGUGGAAAAUGUGUUUAUAAAGAUGCCAUUUUCUAAUAAUUUAAAUUUCAUAAUCAACUCAUUGUCUUGCUUUAAUUUUCUGGGAACUGAAAUAACUGAUUGCAUUUGUAUAGAUUAUCGCACAGUUAUCAAAUACGGUGAUGAUAAAGAUAAUAUAUUUUUAUUGACCACACAAUGUAUUGCAGUAGCCUAUGUAAGGUACUCACAGUUUUGAUAAUGAUAAAUGAAAUAAAUGGUUACAAAAAUA